AUGGUUGAAAACUUCAAGCCUUGGGUGACGGAUGAGGAAAGCGCGCGUAAGUGCGACGCGUACAUGCGCGAAAAGCACGCGUCGCCGAGAGCGUUUAAUUUAGAGAAGGCGCGGGCGGUCCUGGAUUCGCUGAAAGCGGACCACGCCAAGUUACCCGAGGCCGCGGGGCCGUUUUCGCUGCCGAAGACGUGGCCCGGGAUGUCCCUGGUGCUGGAGCGGUGCGGCGAUUCGUUGGAAUAG